CACUUUCACAUACCAAAUACCACCACAAAGGUCUGCCGGAGAACGAUAAGUCCAUGGCGCGGCAGCUGGUCGUCGUCGCUCUUCUUGCAGCUGCUUAUCUGGCGGCCUUGUGCAUUGUCGUCGUUGCCGCUCCUCCUCCUCCUCCGCCGCCGCCGCCGGCGUCGAGUUUCCGUGUGCUAACACCACAAGGAAGGUUGAAUGCGGAGACGAACAACUGCGGCAAGAGGAAGUGCGUCAACGUGAAAUGCGACAGCCGCUGCCCCGACCAGUGCUUCCUCCUCUGCCCCAGCUGCAAGACACUGUGCAUGUGCGACUUCUACCCUGGCAUCUCCUGUGGCGACCCACGCUUCACCGGCGGUGACGGCAACAACUUCUACUUCCACGGGAAGAAGGACAAGAACUUUUGCAUCCUCUCCGACAUCGGUAUCCAUGUCAAUGCCCACUUCAUUGGCACUCGCAACCACAACACGAGCCGUGACUUUACUUGGAUCCAAACUCUUGGGAUCCGUUUCGCCAACCACCGCCUCUUUGUGGGUGCCAAAAGGACCAUCAAGUGGAACAAAGACAUUGAUCGCCUCGAAUUGGCCUUGGAUGAUGAGACCAUCGAUGUCCCCGCCAGACUCGGCGCACGGUGGGAGUCUCUCGUUGUUCCUGGACUGACCAUUACGAGGACCGCUGAUACCAAUGGCGUGAGGAUGCAGCUCAAGGGGGUAUUUGAUAUCAUGGCCAUCGCCGUCCCCGUCACGAAGGAGGACUCCCGCGUCCACAACUAUGGAGUAACAGACGAUGACAUCAUGGCCCACCUGGACAUCGGGUUUAGGUUCCAAGGCCUCACCGACGACGUCCAUGGUGUCCUUGGUCAGACCUACCGUCCUGACUAUGUCAACAAGCUUAGUGUGCGAGCUAGCAAUCCGAUCAUGGGUGGCGUUGCUAGCUACGUAUCCUCCGACAUCUUUGCCACGGAUUGUGCCGUUGCAAGGUUUGCCCGCCAUGGUGGCAUCCCCGUGGUCAUGGACAAGUUAAAGUGAUUUUUCAUUAGGCGUUUGGCUAGAUAGCGUAUAUAGUUGCCCCACGAAUAAAACGACGUGCUUAAACGUCAUCUGUAUAGGCAUACCAUUUUUUUCAUUGGUAUUUUAUCGGAUUUGUUAAACGGUACCCUGAAUGGAAUAUAAGAGAUUAAU